CCGCUGUCGGAACUCAACAGUGUAACAUCCAGCGGAAGUAAACAACACAGGAGCUAGUCACGUUAGCUGUUUGGUGUCCUGUGCUUGGAAGAAGUCUCUCAAUAGGACAGUGAGACAUCUCACUUGUAAUUAAGCAACAAUGUCUUCAGUUGAAUGUUUGAGAGAGUUAAUCAACGAGCGACUAACUGCUGCUGCUGAAGAAAUAUUCGUAGUUUUUCAAAAAACUAUCGUCCAGUACGAGGAAGAGAUCGAUCGUCAGCGCAGACUGCUGGAUAUCGUUUGGAAACCAGAAAUAAAGUUACACAGAAUAGAGCUCCAACAGCAACAUGUCUGUAAGGAGGGGGAGGUUCUCUCUGAACAACAGCUCUGUAACCAGGAGAGGAACCCCAAUCUGGACCAAGAGGACCCAGAGCCUCCACAGAUUAAACAGGAACAGGAGGAACUUUGCACCAGUCUGGAGGGAGAGCAGCUGGUGCUGAAGCAGGAGACUGAAACCUUCAUGCUGACUCCUACUUUUAAGGAAAGUGAAGAUCAGACUCUGGACUUGAGUCCUGAUGAAACUCAGAGUGCAGCAGUGAAAGAGCAUGUUGUCAGCAUGUCAGUUAAAUGCUCAGUGGUACCAGAACCAAACAGUGAUGACCAGCUCCUCCCUCACAACUCUCAUGUAGCUGAGAGCCAAGAUCACAAAGGAGACUCAGGAUCAACUAGAAAUGCAGAGACAAAAGCACAGAACAGACAUCAUGAGAGCAAAAAUCACACUUACUAUGAAGACAACUCCACCACAUUGAAGACUCACAGUUGUACCCGUACAGGGAAACAGUGUUUUAAAUGUAGAACUUGUGGGAAAAUAUUUGAGUACAAGUCCAAAUUACAUACACAUCUGAGAGUCCACACAGGUGAGAAGCCGUACCCAUGUAACACUUGUGAAAAAAGAUUCUCUGAGCUGGGUGCAUUAAAAGUGCAUAUGAGAAUCCACACAGGUGAGAAGCCGUACCCAUGUAACAUUUGUGAGAAAAGAUUCUCUGAGCCAGGCACAUUGAAAGUGCAUAUCAGAGUCCACACAGGGGAAAAGCCGUACCCAUGUAACACCUGUGGAAGAGGUUUCAGUCGAAUGGCAGACUUGAAAAAGCACAUGAGAAUCCACACAGGUGAGAAGCCGUACCCAUGCAACACUUGUGAGAAAAGAUUCUCUGAGCUGGGUGCAUUAAAAGUGCACAUGAGAAUGCACACAGGUGAAAAGCCGUACUCAUGUAACAGUUGUGAGAGAAGAUUCUCUGAUCUGGGCUCAUUAAAAGUGCAUAUGAGAAUUCACACAGGUGAAAAACCAUACCUCUGCAACAUCUGUGGGAAAAGAUUUAGUGACAGGACGUCUGUGAAAAGGCAUAUAAGAACACACACAGGGGAGAAGCCGUAUAGUUGCAAAACUUGUGGGAGAGGAUUCAGUCGUAGAAAUCUCAUGAAGAUUCACAUGAAAACGCACACAGUGGACAAAGAAUCUGUCAGAUGCCAGACUUGAAAAGGCAAGAAUUCAUUCAGAUGAGAAGCCACAUAAUUGCAAAACGUAAGGGAGAGCUUUGUGGUGACUUUACAAUCUACAUGAGAACCUACUGCAACACGAAAAAGAUUCUGUCAUGGAUCUGAAUUGGAAAAGCAUAUGAGUCCACACAAGCAAUUAGCUUUGUAUUUUUGAAACAUUGGGGAGAAUUUCCAUUGUAGUGAUUCAUGGACAAGACACACAUGAAGAAUUAUGUAAUGGCAACACAUGGAGGCAAAAAACUAUCCAUCAACAGGACGAACAAUUGAGCUGAAACUCUUGUAGGCAAGUGUUCACCAACAUCUUUGUAAAUGAAUGUAAAAUAUUCUCAGUGAAGAAGAGUUCAGAAUAUAUCAUGGAAGUUGUACAUUGUCAACAACGCUUUCAAGUUUUGUUAAACUAAACUCUUGUUUCUUUUUCCUUCACAUUACUGUAACUAAUCAUACUGUUAGCAACAGCAUUUCUUUGACUGAAUUAUAAUAUCCUGAAUCUUUGAAAAAUCUUUGUUUCACGAGUGCAGUCAAAGUGAUAGUGCCAAAUGUUUUGGCUCCACAAUACAAGGGUCUGUAUCCAUGAAGUUCUUUUAGAAUAAUUCAUAGAAUUGUAGUUUCGAUUUCAACUAGGACUUAAAGUUGCAAUACAUGAAAUUCAUUCAGCCACUAGA